UUUGUAAACAGUAUGACGGAGUGUUAACUCACCAGUGGCGGUAUAAAUUGAACCUGAUUUUAAAUAUCAUUUCAUCAACUAAGAAAAAAUCGAUGAUGUAUGCACGUGGCAUAGACAUACUAUUAACGGCAUUUUGAAUCUGAUUGCAAAAUGAGUCAACCUUCACAAGCUUCCACCAGGAACACAGUCUACACAUCAAAUCUUCCGUUCGAUUUGACCAACAUUGAUGUUCGGAAGAUAUUCGAAAAAUACGGACAAGUCGUUAGAGUUACUAUCCUUCGUGACAAGCAAACCCGGCGGAGCAAGGGUGUCGCUUUUGUUCUUUUUUCCAACGCCAAGGAGGCAGAUGUGUGCUGCACUUCACUCAAUAAUACUGAGAUGUUCGGUCGUACGUUGAAGGCCAGUAUUGCCAAAGACAACGGCAAGGCGGAGGGGUUUUCGAAACGGCGUGAAUACCCGGACAAAAGCCGCUGCUACGAGUGCGGCGAGCAAGGCCAUUUGAGUUACAAUUGUCCUCGGAAUGUACUCGGCGAUAAAUCGCCACCGAAAGCAACUAAGGGUCGAAAUAAAAAUUCGGUCGGAAAAAGAUUUUCCGACGAAAGGGCAGAUUCUACGGUCGAUUUCGGUUGGGACAGUGACGAUGAUGAUCGCUGGAAACGAAUCAGGAGAAAGUUCGCCAUCAGUUGCAGCGGCGAAGCGAGUCAAGUAUAGGAAGAGUGCGUACUUCAGCGACGAUGAAGAAGUAGAUGAUGAUUAAGUUUUACUAAAUUAAACUGUGAUGAUAUAGCCAUUUUAUUGUUUCUACAAUCAUUGAUGACAGCAUAUGAGGCAGAGCUGAAUGGAGAAGACUUUUUUGUACUGUACAGGCCACUCCGGCACUUAGUAUGAAGAAAUCUAUAUAUCUAUAUACAUAAAAAUGAA